CUGAGAGACGCGUUUCCUUGUAAACUGUGCCGUAAAACAACCGCACUGAGGAACAGCUUUUUAAAUGGACUCAUUAUUGAAGGACAGCAUGCUUGCAAGCUUCUGUCAGCCUCCUAAAGGCAUUCCGUUAUCUGAUCUGUUUGAAUCAUCUUCUUCUGGAAAAACAUCAUCUUCACCUUUGAAACUCUCAAAUUCUCAUUCGUAUGACAUACUUCAAGCACCAAAUAGUAAAGCGCUUUUCACUGCACUCAAGACUCUUCAGGAAAAGAUUUGCCGCCUUGAACUGGAGAAAUCCCGAGCUCAUGACCACUUGGCAAGCUUGUCCACAGAGACUGUUCAGCACAAGGCAUGUUUUGAUUCUGCAAAUGAAGGAAAGGACGCACCUCCGAAUGAAGUCACACAACAGAAAAGUGAUCUAGUGACCCAGGUCGAUGCUGCCAAGCAGCGUUGUUCUCUCCUAGAGAAGCAGCUGGAAUACAUGAGGAAGAUGGUUCAGAAUGCAGAGAUAGAAAAGAAUGCAGUAGCAGAAGAGGCAUUUCUUCACCAAGAUAAAACACAAGAUAAGCGGGAGGUACAUUUUAAACUGGAGAAGGUUGAUCAGUUACAGAAGGAAUGCACAAGACUUGCUAAUACUCAUCAGACUACAGAGAGCAAAAUUCAUCAGUUGGAGGAAAGACUGUGCGCAGAGCAACACCAAAGGAAAUUACUGCAAGAUAAAGCAGCACAACUUCAAACAGGUCUUGAAGUGAACAGAAUUUUCUUGUCUUCUGUGUCUGCUCAAAAGGUCCCUGCUUAUAAGAUUAAGAAAAAGAAGCAAGUAAAGAAAUCUCCUGGAAGUAAGGCUCCUGUUAAACACGUUUUACCAAAAAAUAAAGAGCUCCCAUUUGUCGCCGGUAAGUCUACAACGUCUAGUCACUCUCUCAGUGCAAAUGUGCAAACAGUCUUGCAUAUGAUAAAACUUCACAGCUCGCGGGUCAGCCAGCCACAAAAGAAAGAUGUCGAACACAAGCCUUUUAGGAGUCUUCCUGCUAGCCGACCUACACCCAGCUCCUCUGUAUCCUCCACUGGUGACAGUCUUACGGAUGUUUUGCUGGCUUUGCAAGAUGAACUGGGGCAAAUGAGUCUAGAACAUCAGGAGCUAUUGAAAUUAAUAAAUGAAACCGAGGACAAUGGUGUGCGUGAAGAUCUGGAGCGUGAGAUGGAUUAUCUUGUUAAGCAGAUGGAAACAAAGAGUGAACAAAUACUUAAGUUAAAACGCCAUCAAGAAAAUGUAAAAAGGAAAAAAUCCACUCAGCCAGUGAAAAAACUCUCUACAAAUGCGAUGCCUGCCCCAACUAUAAAGUGCGUGAGCACAGAGGCGCCUGCCACCCCAAGAACAAAGCAAGGGAGUCUGGUUAGGAGCUCCCCGAUUCCAAAAAACAAAACUUCAUUUCAACUGCUGAAAAGUGCACAGAAGAUUCAAAUGACUUUAAAGAAAGAUGACAUAAUGUGGGAGAAAUAGUACUGACUUUCUGCCAUGUGUUUUGUGUGUAUAUUUUCAUAAACCUUUUCAUUGUUAA